AUGUCAGUAACAUUACACACCACUCAUGGGGAUAUCAAGAUGGAGAUAUUUUGUGAAUCAGUGCCUCGUGCGGCAGAGAAUUUCUUAGCACUGUCUGCAUCAGGAGCAUACGAUAAUACUCUGUUCCAUCGAAAUAUAAAAGGAUUCAUGAUACAAGGUGGUGACCCAUCGGGAACUGGAAAAGGUGGUCAGAGUAUAUAUGGAACUCCGUUCAACGAUGAGAUCAGACAGACUUUGCGGUUCAAUAAUAGAGGGAUAGUGGCCAUGGCGAAUGGAGGUCCAGAUACGAACAAAUCGCAAUUCUUCAUAACGUAUGGUAAGCAGCCUAGCUUAGAUGGUAAAUAUACGAUAUUUGGCAAAGUCAUAGAUGGAUUGGAUACGACGCUAGAUACAAUGGAAAGAGUACCUGUGAACGCCAAGAAUAGACCAUUAGCAGAAAUCAAAUUGAGCAGCAUAACAAUACAUGCUAAUCCAAUCGCGGAUCAGGUGAAGUAA